UUAUUGCUUUCUCGCUGGCCUUCAAUUCGUUCACCAAUUUCCUGUGGGAAAAGAGGGGCAUUUGCCUUCGUGAGAGGAAGAACGGGGCAUGUUCUUUUCUGUCCUCUCUCUCUCUCUCUGAUCAGACAGACAGACACGCGCAUAAUACAUAUAGAUGCAGCAGAGAAACUCUCACUCUCUCUCUCUCUCUCUCGAAUUAUUGCUCCUAACCCAUUCAGAGUACAGAUGGAUCUUCGACUAUAGCGGUUUUAGCAGCUGGAAUCUGCACUUGCACCAUGUGUGUUUCUACUGCCACAACUACUGUUAAUAUAUAUUAUUUUCACUAUAAACAUUCAAUUCCACCACUGAAAGAAGAAAUUGGAGAAAAUGUUGAAACUUUUUGAGCCUGUCUCAAACCUCCAUCAUUCCAUUCAAUGGGUAUUGCAAUUGCAAUGAUUCUAAAGGAGAGAUCAUUGGAUCCCACCUCGGCCAAGUUUUAAAAAAGUGCUAAAAUCCACGAGUAUUAGCAACCCGAGAAACAGUUUAGGAAUAUAGAAAUCAUAGAGAAUGGUUAUUUGUGGUCUGCGGUUACUGGGAUGAUUGAUUUCACGUGAGAGUUCUGCCACAGUGUCCGUGAGUGUGGAGGAGUUUCGAGAAGCCCAGCAAAGCCAACCACUUUAACCACAGUAAGUGUCUCCAAUUUCAUGGAUCCCUACCAGAGCUCCCAAACAGAGCUAGCUAGCUCUUCCACUCCCGUGGUUACUUUACUUUACUUGUGUUCUGUUCAAGUUUCAAUCCCAUUUCAAGUUUUUGGGUUAGAUGAGUAGUUGAAGACUCUUUUCUUCCCACAAGAAAGGGGUUUGGUUUUGUCAAUGGUAGAUCUGAAGACUUAAAAAGUGAGUGAGAAGAGCAAAGACUGAAAACAAAACAGCUAAGAAAAACCAAAGAUCCUGUUCUAUUGUCUCAAUUCUCAACCGUUUUUCAGCUAAUUUAAAGUAGGCCAGUUAACUGUUAGUGUUAACUCUCCUAUCCAUGCAUUAAAGUGUUCAAUGGCUCUCAUUAUGGGAAACCAAAACAAUUGAAACUAAAGACCCUCACUUGCUGUAGUUAGUGUGUAGUGUGUGGUUGGUCCCUAACAUGGAGAGAUCCUAUGAUGUCUUUGUUUUUCUCCUUGUCUCGGUUCUUUGUCUCUUCCUGUCCCAACCAGCAAGAUCACAAGAUGAUUCACAACCGCUUCUGGCAUUGAAAUCCUCCAUAGACGUUCUCAACAAGCUUCCAUGGCGAGAAGGAACCGACGUGUGCACGUGGUUAGGGGUCAGAGACUGCUUCAACGGAAAAGUGAGGAAGCUAGUUCUGGAACACUCCAACUUAACCGGUUCUCUGGAUUCCAAGAUCUUGAACCGUUUGGACCAGCUCCGAGUCCUCAGUUUCAAAGGAAACUCGCUCUCCGGGCAAAUACCCAACAUCUCCGCCUUGGUCAACCUCAAAUCGAUUUUCCUCAACGAAAACAACUUCUCCGGCGAUUUUCCCGCCUCCGUCGCCCUCCUCCACCGCGUGAAAGUCAUUGUACUGUCGCAAAACCAUAUCUCCGGCGAAAUUCCGGCGUCGCUGCUGAAUCUCCGGCGACUGUACGUUCUCUACUUGCAAGACAACGCGUUGACUGGACGCAUUCCCGGUUUCAACCAGAGCAGCCUCAGGUAUUUAAACGUUUCGAAAAACCGUCUAUCCGGCGAGAUUCCGGUGACGUCGGCAUUGAUCCGGUUCAAUGAGUCGUCGUUUUGGGGGAACCCGGGGCUCUGCGGGGAACAGAUCGAAGAAGCAUGCAAAAACGGAAGCGGUUCAAUGCCGCCAUCGAUAAGCCCUAGCUAUCCGUUGAAACCGGGAGGAACAACGUCAACGACGAUGGGGAAAUCGAAGCGCACGAAAUUGAUAAAGAUAAUUGGAGGGAGCGUUGGGGGAGUUGUUUUUGCAUUAGGAUGCGUGGUUUUGGUGUGGGUGAUUUGCAGGAAGUGGAAAAGAAGGAGGAGGAGGAGGAGGAGGAGGAAGGGUGGUGCUGAAGUGGCAGAAGGGGAAGUGGGUGCGGCGGGAAGUGGGGGAGGAGGUGAUAAUAGUAAAGAAGAAGAAGGUGGGGGGUUUGCGUGGGAAAGUGAGGGUAUAGGGAAGCUGGUGUUCUGCGGAGGAGGGGAUGGGGACAUGAGUUAUAGUUUGGAGGAUUUGCUCAAGGCUUCGGCGGAGACACUGGGGAGGGGUAUAAUGGGAAGUACGUAUAAGGCAGUGAUGGAAUCGGGGUUCAUAGUUACUGUGAAGAGGUUGAAAGAUGCAAGGUACCCUGGCUUGGAAGAGUUCAGUGCUCACAUUCAAGUCCUUGGGAGGCUCACCCACCCUAACCUCGUCCCUCUCAGGGCUUAUUUCCAGGCUAAGGAGGAACGCCUCCUCGUUUAUGAUUACUUUCCUAAUGGCAGCCUCUUCUCCCUUAUUCACGGAUCGAAAACAUCUGGUGGGGGAAAGCCUCUUCACUGGACAUCCUGCCUUAAAAUUGCUGAGGAUCUAGCAACAGGCAUGCUCUAUAUCCACCAGAACCCUGGCUUGACACAUGGAAACCUGAAAUCUUCUAAUGUAUUGUUGGGUUCUGACUUUGAGUCAUGUCUUACUGAUUAUGGUCUCACUGUGUUCCUUAAUCCUGACACAAUGGAUGAGCCUAGUGCAACUUCUUUGUUCUAUAGAGCACCUGAAUGCCGCAACUUUCAAAGGUCACAAACUCAACCAGCUGAUGUAUACAGUUUCGGGGUCCUUCUUCUUGAGCUUUUAACUGGCAAAACACCCUUCCAAGACCUUGUUCAGACAUAUGGUUCAGACAUACCUAGGUGGGUUCGGUCAGUGCGCGAAGAGGAGACGGAGUCUGGGGAUGAUCCUGCUUCAGGCAAUGAAGCAUCUGAAGAGAAGCUUCAGGCUCUUUUGAACAUUGCAAUGGCAUGUGUUUCACUAGUGCCGGAGAACAGGCCUACAAUGAGAGAAGUUUUAAAGAUGAUAAGAGAUGCAAGAGGGGAGGCUCAUGUCUCAUCUAACAGUAGUGAUCACUCCCCUGGUAGAUGGUCAGAUACUGUUCAAAGCUUUCCAAGGGAAGAACACCAGAGCAUAUGAUUGAUAACUUUUUGACAGCUUAUUAGUUGAAACUAUGCAUUCUGAUUUUUCCUGAAUUGGUUAUUGAUACGAUUCCAUGCAUAAACUAGGUGAUACGUGAGGACCUACAUUUUUAAUCUCUAGCUGUGUGAGUAAAUGCAUUUUAAAGGGUAAUUAAGGAUUCUUUUAUAGAGUCAUCACAGGUUGCAAAGACUGGGAGAUCAUCAGUUCCUGCUUUGUCUUGUAUUUUCUUUUUAAAAUAAAACACACAUUCCAAAUAAAAACAUGGGGUUCAGAUUAA